AUGGAGCGGUGGGAGGGAGGGGAGGAGGAGGAGGAGGAGGGGGAGGAGGAGGGGGAGGAGGAGGAGGGCCCGGCGUACCCGAUAGAUGAGGGUGGGCACGCGCUUGUACCCAACGGCGUGAUUGCACUCGAGGGCGGCGCCUUCUACGAGUGCUCCACCCUUACGAGCAUCACGCUGCCGGACAGCCUCACCGCGAUCGGCGACGAAGCCUUCAACGGCUGCGACUACCUCACCGCCGUCACGCUGCCGGACAGCCUCGCCUCGAUCAGCGAGAGGGCCUUCGGCGGCUGCUCCGCCCUCACCAGCCUCACGCUGCCGGACAGCCUCACCUCGGGCGGUGGGUGCCGCCUCUGA